AUACCUAAAGUACAUACAUACAUGCACGUGCAGUCUCCCACGUGCCGUUGUACAUCUACCUCCCUACAUACAUACCUAGCCCCCUACGCGCGGACAUUUUUCCUUCGUAGAAACAAUGCGAGCGUCAUUGCCUACCCUUUCUCUACCCAUUAUCGCGACUCUCAUUCUACGUCGGAAUACUCGCGCUGUAUCUCCGGGAUAACAGCCAUGAGAUGUGCGACGAAUUCAUCAGUUGGGGGAUUGAAAGGUCGGGUUGGUGGUGAGAUUACCCGCGAUCGUCGCGUCUCCUUUUCUUUCGGCCUGCCUCGCAGAGGACGGACAGGUAGGUGA